GUACUUUCAAGUUGCAGUGGGACCCCAGGGGCGCCAUGGCUGCCCUUGGCAUUACUAUGGCCCUACUGGUCUGGAUGGCUGUCCUCCUGCUGGUGUCCAUCUGGAAGCAGGUCUACAACAGCUGGAACCUGCCCCCGGGGCCUUUCCCACUUCCCUUCUUUGGGAAUCUUUUCCAAUUGGAAUUCAAGAAUAUUCCCAAGUCUUUGGAUAAGCUGGCUGAGCGCUUUGGGCCCGUGUUCACGCUGUACCUGGGCCCGCGGCGCACGGUGGUGCUGCACGGCUACAAGGUGGUGAAGGAGGCACUGCUGGACCACAAGAACGAGUUAUCGGGCAGAGGCGACAUCCCCGCGUUCCGGGAGUACAGGGACAAGGGAAUCAUCUUCAAUAACGGACCCACCUGGAAAGAUGUCCGGCGUUUCUCCCUGACUACCCUCCGGGACUAUGGGAUGGGGAAAAAGGCUAAUGAGGAGCGAAUCCAGAGGGAGAUGCACUUCCUGCUGGGGGAGCUCAGGAAGACCCAGGGACAGCCAUUUGAGCCCACCUUUCUCAUUGGCGCCGCACCCUUCAAUGUCAUAGCUGAUAUCCUCUUUCACAAGCAUUUUGACUACAAUGACAAGAUAUGUCAGAGGCUGAUGCAUUUGUUUAAUGAGAACUUCUACCUGUUAAGUACUACCUGGCUCGAGUUUUACAAUAAUUUUUCGAGCUACCUGCACUACCUGCCUGGAAACCACAGAAAAGUGAUUAAAAAUGCUUCCGAAAUAAAAGAGUAUGUAUCUGCUAAAGUGAAGGAGCACUACCAGUCUUUGGACCCCACCUGUCCCCGGGACUUCACUGACUGCCUGCUCAUGGAAAUGGAGAAGGAGAAGCACAGUGCGGAGCCCUUAUACACUCUGGAAAAUAUUGCCGUGACUGUGGCUGACAUGCUCUUUGCAGGGACAGAGACCACCAGCACCACUCUGAGAUAUGGGCUCCUGAUUCUCAUGAAGUACCCUGAGAUUGAAGACAAAAUUCAUGAAGAAAUUGACAAAGUGAUUGGGCCCAGCCGGACUCCUGCCACCAAGGACCGGCUGGAGAUGCCCUACACGGAUGCUGUGGUGCAUGAGAUUCAGCGGUUCAUCAACCUCGUGCCCAACAACCUGCCCCAUUUAGCAACCCGAGACACCACGUUCAGAGGAUAUGUCAUUCCUAAGGGCACAAUCAUAAUACCUACUCUGAGCUCCAUUUUGUAUGACAGCCAAGAAUUCCCUGAUCCAGAGAAGUUUAAGCCGGAGCACUUUCUGAAUGAGCAAGGGAAGUUCAAGUACAGUGACUAUUUCAAGCCAUUUUCCACAGGGAAACGGGUGUGUGUUGGAGAAGGCCUGGCCCGUAUGGAAUUAUUUCUACUCUUGACUGCCAUUUUGCAGAAUUUUAAUUUGAAGCCUCUUGUGGACCCAAAGGAUAUCGACUUAAGCCCUAAGACGAUUGGGUUUGGCAGGAUCCCACCACACUACAAACUGUGUGUCAUUCCCCGUGCCUAAGUGUAGGGAAGAGUCACUCAGAGCUCCCCCACCCCGCCCCCCGUCUCCUUAAUGUAGCCCUGGAAUCUUCCCAGAGCACCUCCAUGGCCACUGGGAGACAGCUAUCUCUACCUGGGGCAAUCUGGCCAGAGAUGAUACUUUCUAGGGUCCCAAUCUUCAGACAGAGUUUGAAAGCAAAAUCCAAAAGAGAUUUUGUUUAAUUUAAUUAAACUAAGAAUUUGCUUGAAGCUAUGUCAAAGUUCCUAGAAACAUGGUAAUUAGGAAUCACCGUAAGUCAAACGGACCUUUUCUUAAAAAGAACUAUCAGGUCACCGGCACCAAUAUCUAUUAUAAAGUACAGUGUGGCCAUAAAGUUCAUGUGCAAUUUAAAAUAGCCUGCAAUUUAGAACUUAACGGCCACCCUGUAUUGACAAAGAGGAAUAGGAAUGCUUCUUUCAAGACUGGAAUCAGCAGGAUUUAUUAAUCAUGUCAAACAUAUCCCCUCCCAUCUUGCCUGAGGAUGCAGUUAUUUCUCAGCUUCCCUCUGACCAUCAUUCUGUGCUGUUUUAAGGAUAAAAUAUGUCUGAAAAAUACACAACACAGUCAUCUCUUAUUACUAAAAUCUGGCUUUGAAUCUGGAAGAAGAAAUUCUAGGCUUAGGGAGGCACAUGGAAUGUGAUGAUGGUAGCCAAAAGUCUUCUUAGUGAACUAAACCGAACAUUGGAAAGAGAAGUGGAGUUUGGAAUGAAAGCCUUGUCCUCACCCGGCUAGCACACGUCUGCAAGCCAUCUGGACCCACAGCUCUCGUGCCUUGCCUGUGUCUGUAAUACUGAGACUACAUUUGUGGGGCAGAGUGUCUAGGCUGGAUGGACUGGGCAUGUCAAAUCUUCAGAACAGUUCCUAGCACACUGUGUUCCUUAAUAAAACCAGUGACAUUUUA